CCCAAAAGACCAAUAUUUUUUUCGCGGGACAUUUUGGUAAUUCAACAGGGCUUCUACUCGACCAGAGACUCAGAGAGAGACCCCAACGAAGAACAAUUCGAAGGAAAAGGGAAGGAGAGAGUUUCAGAUUCAGAUUCAGAGAGAGGAGAAAACGACAACGAAAACUAUGAUCCUCGCAGUUUUGUUCGCCAAUUCAGAAGGCAACAUCCUUGUUGAACGUUUUAAUGGAGUUCCUGCCGAGGAACGGCUGCAUUGGCGAUCGUUCCUUGUGAAACUGGGGGCGGAUAAUCUCAAGGGUGUAAAGAAUGAAGAGCUCCUGGUUGCUUGCCACAAGUCGGUAUACAUUGUUUACACAGUGCUUGGUGAUGUCAGCAUCUUUGUCGUGGGCAAGGACGAGUAUGAUGAACUUGCAUUGUCGGAAGUUAUCUUUGUAAUUACAUCAGCUGUGAAGGAUGUUUGUGGGAAACCUCCUAGUGAGCGCCUUUUUCUGGACAAGUAUGGGAAGAUUUGCUUGUGUUUGGAUGAAAUUGUUUGGAAGGGAUUUCUAGAGAAUACAGAAAGAGACAGAAUCAAAAGACUGAUAAGGUUAAAGCCUCCAUCGGAGUUCUGAAUCAAACAAGUCCCUCUUUCUUAAUCAACCUACGGGAGGACAUAGAGGUGGCACGCUUGGUUGUGACAGGAUGUUGAAAUAUGUCCAUCGGAAUAUCUUUCAAGCAUUUUACAGCGGCUACUAUGUUUUCACUGAAGUUGGGAUUGCUUUGGAUUUCGUGGACGGAAGGAGGGAUUCACCCCAAUUAUUUUGUAUAUGUUUUGAACUGAGAAGAGUUCUUACUUCUUGAUGAAACUUGAAUUUGUUGUUUUCGUAUUAUUUGUGUUUUUACUUGUUUCCCACC